UACCGGGAGGCGGCUCCAGCCCGGCCGGGGGCCGAGCAUGGUGCAGAUCGUCAUCUCCAGCGGGGACGCCGGCGGCCUGCCCCAGUGGGUGCUGGUGGAGCUGCAGGGCGAGGUGCAGCCCCGGCAGAGCGGGGGGCUGCCGGGCAGCCUCCUGGGAGACCUGCACUACACCCGGGAGGGUGUCCCGGUGCUCAUCGUGGGCCACCACAUCCUCUACGGGAAGGUGGUGCAGCUGGAGAAGCCCUUUGCUGUGCUGGUGAAGCGAGGAGCCGGGGAGCCCGGCCCCGCGGGGCCGCCUGCUCAUUACACCGUCACCGCCCUCAUCAAAACCAAACUCCUCUUCAAAACCCGCCCCAAGCCCAUCAUCACCAACGUGCCCAAGAAAGUGUGAGGACUCGGGGCUGGGGAAGCUCUGGUUGGGCGGCCCUGGGGCUUGGGGACAUCCAGGCCUUGUCCCCACCCUGGCCAGGGGUACCCAGAGCCCUUCCCAGGUCACUUUUCCCCCCUGUCAUGACAUAACUCUGCUGAGCUCUGGAGCACAACCCCAGCUGCUAUCCCAGGUGGGACGGGUCCUGCUGGGCAGGGAACCUUCUCCAAACCCAGAUGGGGCAGCUCCCCAUGUUCCACGGCUCACAGUGGUGCCAGCACCCAGAUUUUUCUCCUUGCUACUAUAUCUUCCCCUCUAAAAUCCCCCCUCCAUGACUGCCCCCUCCCCCUCUCCCCACAUACCACCCUUUUUCUGUGCAAGUCUUUAUUUUUUUGACAAACCCAGGUAUAAAAAAAUGGAGUUUUUUCUUUGCCCCUUCCUAAUAUAUGAAAAAAAAAAUACCCCAAACAAAACAACAAACCGAACAAAACACAAACAAACAACAAACCAACAACCCCAACCCACAGGUUAAAAAAUAAAUAGAUUUACAAA